AUGAUACGCUCGAAGUUCGUGCUGGGGAAGGGGGAUGACUAAACAGAGGGAGCGAGCUGAUGGCUUUGUUCUAAUUAAAAGUUGGUCUUUUCGUGAACAGGUUUGUGGACGUGACUGAAAUCCGGAGAAAAGCAACAGGAGUCCGGAUUGUAGACAGCAUUAGCAGCAGAGAGCAGUAUGGGAGUUGGAGGCCAGCAGACUGAGGCUGCAGGUGUUUUUUCCUGGGAGGAGGUCCAGAAGCACCGCAGCAGAAAUGACCGGUGGUUGGUCAUCAGUCGAAAGGUUUACAACAUCACCCAGUGGGCCAAAAGGCACCCAGGAGGGUCUCAUGUCAUCGGCCACUAUGGUGGAGAGGAUGCUACAGAGGCUUUCACAGCGUUCCAUCCUGAUCAAAAGUUUGUGCAGAAGUUUCUAAAGCCUCUACUGAUUGGAGAGCUGGCAGCAACAGAGCCAAGUCAUGAGGGAAACAAAAAUGCAGCCAUCAUGCAGGAUUUUGAAACUUUACGCACCCAGGUGGAGAAGGAAGGACUUUUUAAAGCCAAACCUUUAUUCUUCUGCCUCCAUCUGGGUCACAUCCUGCUACUGGAGGCCCUCGCAUGGAUGAUGGUCUGGUACUGGGGGACUAGCUGGACUCUGACCUUACUGUGCGCUGUCAUGUUGGCAACAUCUCAAGCGCAGGCUGGAUGGCUGCAGCAUGACUUUGGUCACCUCUCUGUCUUCAAGAAGUCCAAGUGGAAUCACCUGGUCCACAAGUUUGUUAUUGGACAUUUAAAGGGAGCUGCAGCCAGCUGGUGGAAUCACCUGCAUUACAAUCAUCAUGCCAAACCAAACAUCCUGAGCAAAGAUCCUGAUGUCAACAUGUCGGGCGUCUUUGUUCUUGGAUCUGUUCAACCUGUAGAGUACGGCAUGAAGAAGAUCAAACACAUGCCCUACAAUUACCAGCACCAGUACUUCUUUUUAUUGGGGCCGCCUCUUCUCGUCCCAGUCGUCUUCAACCUGCAAAAUCUACACGUCAUGAUUUCUCGCAGAAACUGGGUGGAUCUGGCGUGGUAUUUGUCCUUUUAUAUUCGAUAUUUCUCCUGUUACAUGCCCCUAUAUGGCUUUUUCGGCUCUGUGGCUCUCAACCUCUUUGUUAGGUUUUUGGAGAGUCACUGGUUUGUCUGGGUGACUCAGAUGAACCAUCUUCCAAUGAACAUAGAUCAUGAAAAGAACAGAGACUGGCUAACUAUGCAGUUACAAGCCACAUGUAAUAUAGAAAAGUCCGUUUUCAAUGACUGGUUCAGCGGACACCUCAACUUUCAAAUCGAACACCAUCUGUUUCCAAGAAUGCCGAGGCACAACUACCACCUGGUUGCUCCGAGGGUCCGUGCGCUGUGUGACAAACAUGGGAUCUCUUACCAGAUGAAAACGUUAUGGCGAGGCAUGACUGAUGUUGUCAGUUCGCUGAAAACUUCAGGUGAUCUCUGGCUUGAUGCUUAUCUUCAUAAAUGAAGAGCUGCUUAUAAAUCAAGUGAUCUUCUUUUGCAUCAAAAACAUUGUGUGUGUUGAGAAUUAAACAAAACAAACUGAAACCUAACUAAUUUAUCCACUUUUGAAGAUGGUGUAGUUAAUUGACUGAAAAACUAUUUAAAGCUAAUAGGAUUUUAAAUGUGAAGCUUAAAGAUUAUUUCAGUUAUCUUAAUUUAAAUAAGAUAAUUAACUAAAUGUUUUUUGGUAAACAUUUUCAGUCAGACUGACUGAUUGUAAGACAGUUAAUAUGAUGACUUUUUUCCAAUAGUAAGAAGUAACUUUACUGAUAGAAUGAUUGUCCUCUUAUUUUAAUCAUUCUGUCAUACAAAAGUUAAAUAUUGUCAUUUUGCUUUCUUCAGUUGUAGACCUGCAACCAUUUAAAUAAGUUUGUUCUUUGUUACACAAUAAACAAGUUGUUGUCUAUUACAACAUUUAGUGUUAUUACUGCAGAGGCAAACAUAAGAAAUAUUCGUUAAAAAAAUAAUAAUCAAAUUUUUGUUAAAUUUUGUAAGUAACUUUCUAUUGUAUACUUAUUGAUGGAUGUGUUGUAAUAUGUAGGAACUUAUAGAAAGAAUUUUAGCAAUCAUGACCAAAGUUAUUGAAUGAAAUGAUUUAUGCACCCAUAGAUGUUGCAAAAUAUUUUAGAAGUACAAAUAAAACAUUUUGUAUUUUCCUGUU